AUGGGCUUGAUUUCUUCUCGGAGUCAGCAAGUGGGUCAAGAAAAGGAGAUGCCAAGUGAAUGUCCUGUUGGGAAAAGUGAUGGAUGUCCAAUGAAUCAUGGGUACAAGAACCUCAGUCCAGACAAUCUUAUGCCACCCCCUAACCAACUCCCAAGUCCUGGACAACCUUUCCCACUGUCCACUGAACGCGAAUUGUCUUCCAUUCCAAAAGCAGAUCGAUCUGAUGGUGAAAAAUGGAUAUAUCCUUCACCUCAAAUGUUUUGGAACGCUAUGCUUCGUAAAGGUUGGCGUUGGCGGGAUGAUGAUAUCAGACCUGAAGAUAUGAACAACAUCAUACGAAUACAUAAUAUAAAUAAUGAAUUAGCUUGGCGUGAGGUUUUAAAAUGGGAAGCUCUACAUGCUAAUGAAUGUAUGACACCGAAAUUGCGUCGUUUUUCUGGAGAUGCAAAAAACUAUUCUCCAAGAGCACGUAUUCGUCGGGCCAUGAGUUAUGAGUUGCCUUUCGAUCGUCAUGAUUGGGUGAUCGAUCGAUGCGGUAAAGAAGUACGUUAUGUAAUUGAUUAUUAUGAUGGAGGUUCUGUGAAUGAAGCAUAUCAGUUCGCUAUUCUGGAUGUACGACCUGCAUUAGAUUCAUUCGGCGCAUUUUGGGAUCGUGUUCUAGUUGCAUGGAUGCGUUUCAAGACUCCUGAUCCGCCGAAAAAACUCCAUUUAAAUGAUCCAACAUUUCCGAAAAAGAAUGAAGUGUCUUGA